AUGACGGUGAGAGGCAUCUGCACCUUUGUGCCUGUUGGAGAAACUUACUCUUCCACUCCUGUGGUCGUGAUGGUUGGAGCUGCCGUUGGUGCUGUUGGAUGGAGAAAUAGCGAAUUUUCUUCUGCGAAGGGAGGCUUAUAUUUGGUCCAGAUGCCAGCCUGUGACCCAGGCAUUGUUCCUCGCAAUUUACAUCCACCAAAGGAAGAGAUUUGUUACAACUCUUCAACCUCAGUAGACAUUAAUGGGAGACACACACCAACUCCACACUUACCCUGCACAAAAUUAGUGACUGUCAAUGGUUUUCUUGUGAAAGUGAAGUAUUGCGAUACAUUGAUGAUAUAUCGUCCACCCCAUUGCUCAAAUGCUCUGUAUGUGCACAAUUACCGGUACUUCUUUCUGUUUGUUUCUUCAUCAGCUCUUCUCUGUAUCUUCAUAUUUGCAAUGUUGGCUUUGAACAUAAAAUUUCAUAUGGAUGAUUAUGGAACUCUCUGGAAGGCGAUGAAGGAGUCACCUGCAUCCAUGAUAUUAAUAGUCUACUACUUCAUUUUCCUCUGGUUUGUCAGUGGCCUCACAUGCUUCCAUCUGUGUCUUAUAGGCAGAAACCAGACUACAUAUGAAAACUUUCGCUAUGGAGCAGCCAAAGGCACAAUGUCUAUGACUGGGGAUGGAGACAGUCGGACAAAGGCACAAGACAAUCCAGAAAUUGAUAAUGACCUUUUAAAGAUAUCCCAGCGUCGUGAUGCUUUAGAAGCUGAUAGGAGAUGA